GUACGUUUCCACUGUCUUGAAGUGCACCAGCAACCAAAACCAGCAAAACUAAAGGUACAAAGAGCCGGUACGUACGUACGGGUUUCGACCAGACCAUUCCCGCAACGUACACGCGUACCGCCAUUGUUGGGUAUUUGGAGUACGUCUCCUGCUGUCUUGGCGGAGAGCUCUUUGCCCACUCCUUGUCGGGACUCGCCCCUCUUUUUUAGACUAUUUCCCCCUUCACUGCACUCCAGCAGCGUACCUCACAUUUUUCCCAGCGAAUACGCCUCGCCUGCGUUGCUUGAGAGAAGAAGUGGUUUCGCGGCCCAGUCAAAACAAAAAAAUUACUUUUCGGCGAUAACUAAAAGCGAAAAACAGAAGAAGGUGAACAUCAACAGGCGAUGGAUCGUGCAGCGUCGCCCUCACCGGCGAUGCCGCCGCCGCCGUCGUCGUUGCCCUUCAUUACGGUGGCGCUGUGUGCGAGUGCGAAGAAGCAUCACCAGUCCUUCGACGCGCUGCGCGUGGCCGGCGAGCUGCACAACGCGCGUCUGCGUGAGGAGCAAGACCGCUUCGCCUCUGUAGGACGUCCCGCUCGGUCAGACCUCAACGGGGGGUUGAGUGCGAGUGCAAGUCUGAUUCGGCCAGAGGGGGGAGGAGCGACCGCCACCAACACCACCACCGGGGCUGUUGCGUCCUCAAAAACGAAGAGCCGCGGCGGCAGUCGGUCGACGCCAGAUGAAGGCGAUCGUAGCACGCCGUGCACAGGCGGCUGCUCCCCCCGCGGCUCCCGCGGCCCGGUGCGCAGCCACUUCUUUCGCUUUGUCAACUUAAACUACGACGCCCUGCACCACAGCAUGGUGGUGUGCACCGACGAUGCCGUAAAAGGCACGCAGCCGCCGCCGAUGCAUGGGGAGGAAGAGGAAGGGACAGACGUCGCGAUGUCGGCCAGCGAGGCAGCAGCGGCUGAGGCGACCCGCGUCGCGGAGGAGGUCGACGUCGUCCUUCACAAAGUCGCCACCUUCGGCACGCCCUCCGCCAUCCGUGCGCUGGAGCGGUGGUGCAAGCACGCGCAAAAGCGGCGGCGGCACCGUCGGCAAGCGCCGCUGGUCGUCUUGGACCCACUGGAGAAGGUCCAGCUGCUCAUGACACGCAACAUGCUGUACAAGUUGCUGGACAACACGGGCGCGGAUGGCCGGUACGUCGCGCUGAUUCCGCGCACGUUUCUGUGGGACCGCCCCUGUGCGCCGCGCCAAGGCGUCGACGGCGCUGCCGAUCGGGGCGCGAAGAGCAAUACCGAUGACGUUGUCACACCCAUCGGCAUCCACUCCUUCAUGGGGGCGGAGGACGAAAACAUCAAGGAGGCCCGCGCCAACGGCACGAUGCAGGGGCGGUGGUGGAUCGCGAAGCCGGACGAAGGCACCGGGCCGGCCUUCACCCACCAUCUAGUGAUGUGGUGCACGCGUGCGCAAGACGUGCGGGUGCCACCGGCGGUCCAGGCGGCGUUGCCAAAGGAGGCGAAUCGGUUCAUUCUUCAAGAGCUCUACGUGUACGCGCUGCCCGUUAUCGUGAAGGUGUACUGCAUCGCUCCCCACAUCUACAUCAGGGUGAAGCCGACGGUGAACUUGCUGGCCCACCUGUGGGAGCGCACGCGCGCGUCGACGCUGAUGGACGUCGCGGUCACGAUGGACUCGCAGGACAAGACGUACUUCUCUUCGGUGACGAGUCUGUCGGCGGCCACCUCACGGCUGACCUUCUCGCAGGCCACCAGCGGCGCGGACUACGGAACACCAGCCAUCGGGGAGUCGACCGAGUCGCCGGUCACGGCGCCGCAGGAGCUGCUGCCGUCUUCGAGCCCCGCCGCGGUGCCGUGGGAGUCGAUGGUGGCGCCAACUGAAAUGUGGGAGGCCUUUCUCGCGCCCGGCACUCCGGCCUACGCCACUGUGAGCAAGUUGGCGCAGGAGAUGUCCGGCUUUGGCGGGAUUGGCCUCACCAUGUACGGCUUCGACAUCCUCCUCGUGCCGCAGCACCUCGCGCACACCUACCAGCGCAAGUCCUCGCGAGGUAUUGGCCACACGGAGGGGGCGACGGUGAAGUACGAAGCAGCGACGUCGGCACCGCCGGCAGCGGCGACGAACACCACCGCUGGCGCUGCCGCGUCGGCUGUGUCUUCGAGCACGGCGGUACCGUCCGUGCCACUGCCGUGUAAAGCGAGGGAUAUGUUCGACUUCGCCACGGGCGCCCCGACGUCCCUGCUGCUCGACAGCAUACCUGUGGUGAUUGAUGUGAACUAUUUCCCCGGCUACAAAGACGUGGAGGAGGCAAAUCAGCACAUGAUGGAGCUCCUCUCGGCGAAGGUGGCUAAGGCGCGGGAUGGCACGACGCUCUCUGCACGCCGCUCCGACGACUUGUCUGGCUCGCGCGACAAGAAGCACCUGUGCACUUCAAUGUAG